AUGUCGAGUUUAAUGGAAAAUCCACCCCCUUGGUUGGCCCCCUUCCUAUCCUCGGGAACGUGUAAGGUCCUUGCCAUGCAGCCUGCAGGUCCCCCAAAAUCAAGGACGCCAGCCGCGCCCUUGUAUCCCAUAUUGCCCGAUAGUCAGGACCUACUAUCCCUAGACCCUCCACCCUAUCAUCCCCCUCCCCUCGCACCCCAGGCCCUGCCCGCAGCACCCGUCCCACCAGUCACCCCACUACUUGCCCCCCUAGGGGAACCAGGAGGACGGGAAGCGGCAGCCGUGCACACCCAGCGUGAGCCAAACCCUCGCCUCCCCGACUCCACUGUGGCCCUACCCCUGUGGGAAAUAGGGCCCCCCAAUGAAACAGGCAACCCCCGACUCCAGUAUUGGCCCUUUUCCACUAGUGACCUUUACAGCUGGAAAACGCAGAACGCUCGAUUCUCUGAUAACCCUAAAGACCUAAUAGCUCUUUUAGACAGUGUCAUGUUCACCCACCAGCCCACCUGGGACGACUGUCAGCAGCUCCUCCGCAUCCUGUUCACCACAGAGGAGCGAGAGAGGAUCCAAUUAGAAGCAAGAAAGCUGGUUCCCAGAGACGACGGUCGGCCGACAUCUAACCCUGACCUCAUUAAUGCGGCUUUCCCCCUAACCAGACCUCCACAGGACGAAUGGGACUACAACACUGCAGAAGGUAGGGGAAGGCUACUCAUUUAUCGCCAGACUCUGAUGGCGGGUCUCCGGGCUGCAGCUCGCAAGCCCACCAAGUUGGCUAAGGUAUAUUCAGUCGUACAGGGAAAGGCAGAGAGUCCAGCUGCUUUUAGAUUAAUAGAAGCCUUUAGGCAGUUUACUCCCAUGGAUCCAGAAGUCCCUGAGAACCAGGCUGCUGUCGUUAUGUCCUUUGUAAAUCAAGCAGCUCCUGACAUUAAAAAAAAAAAACUCCAAAGUCUAGAGGAUUUAGAAGGUAAACAGAUCCAGGAUCUGCUCCGUAUAGCACAACGGGUCUACAACAACAGGGACGCCCCAGAAGAGAGACAGAUCAAAGCCACAGAGAAAAUGACUAAAGUCCUGGCCGCUAUAGUCCAGAAAGAACAGCCACCCCCAGAAGGCACUCAAACAAUACGCCCUCCCAGGCGGCACUUAGAUAAAGAUCAAUGCGCCUAUUGUAAAGAAAAAGGCCAUUGGAUACGAGAAUGCCCCAAGAAGAAACAAUCCCGCCCCAGCCAAGAGCAAUGGCAACCUAAAAUAGCCCCCAUACUGCUUACCCAAGAUACAGAAUAGGGAGGAUGGGGUUCAGAUCCCCUCCCCAAAUCUAGGGUAACGUUGCAAGUGGAGGGGACCCCGGUCCAGUUCCUAGUUGAUACUGGGGCACAGCACUCAGUUCUGGUCAAGCCCCAUGGAAAAGUAUCUGAAAAAUCAUCCUGGGUAUAAGGGGCCACCGGAAUAAAGAAGUACCCCAGGACAACUCAGAGGACUGUGGACUUAGGAACUGGGAAGGUAACCCACUCCUUCCUGGUCAUUCCCGACAGCCCCUGCCCCCUGUUGGGGAGGGAUUUGCUUACCAAAAUGGGGGCUCAAAUUCAUUUCCAACCGGGGGGACCCACAGUGACUGACUUCCACAACCAACCCAUAUCUGUACUCACUGUGAAACUAGAAGAUGAAUAUAGGCUCCAUCAGGAACCCACUCCUCUGGGGCAGGGCAUCGAGCCCUGGCUUCAACGCUUCCCAGACGCAUGGGCAGAAACGGGUGGUAUGGGGUUAGCAAAACAUCACCAAGCCCUAUUUAUAGAGGUCAAGCCCGGGACGGACCCCGUUCGCGUGCGCCAAUACCCUAUGCCGGCGGAAGCCAAAAAUGGCAUCACACCGCACAUCCGCCGCCUCCUUGACUUCGGGGUCCUACGCACCUGCCACUCAGCAUGGAAUACCCCCCUUCUGCCCAUGUGCAAACCCAACAGCGGGGAAUACAGACCAGUGCAGGACCUGAGAGAAGUCAAUAAGCGGGUGAUGGACAUACAUCCAACCGUUCCUAACCCCUAUACUCUCCUGAGCGCCCUCAGCCCAGAAAAACAAUGGUCUACUUACGUUGAUGAUCUCUUAAUAGCUGCCGAGACACCCGAAACCUGCAUCCAGGGAACCGAAGGUCUCCUGCGAACUCUGGGAACCUUAGGCUACCGCGCCUCAGCAAAGAAGGCUCAGAGCUGCAAGUCAGAGGUAACUUACCUGGGUUACUUACUGAGAGGGGGGCAACGCUGGCUAAUGGAUGCCUGGGAGGAGACUGUCCUUCAUAUUCCCAGACCGCAGACACCACGACAGGUGAGGGAAUUCCUAGGGUCGGCUGGGUUCUGCGGACUAUGGAUACCAGGGUUUGCUGAAUUAGCAAAACCUUUAUACCAGGCAACAAAAGAUCAACAGCCCUUUAGUUGGACAGAGGAAGCCGAACAGGCCUUCCAACAAAUCAAAAAUACUCUGCUAUCAGCACCUGCCCUGGGACUCCCCGAUGUCUCCAACCCUUCCACCUAUAUGUAG